UUUUCCACCAACUACUUAAACCCCAGCCUCCCCUCUUCUCUCUUCACUUCUAUUCAACAAUUCCUUAAACCCUUCUUUUUUAUUCCUUCAAAACUUCCUUAAAACCCUUUAUUUUUUUGACAUAUUAAUUACUGCUUUUAAGCUAGCAAGGCAAUCAUAGCCCUGGUCAGAUAUAUAGUUUCCUUCCUUACAUUUGCUUUCAAGAAAUGUGUGGCGGUGCUAUCAUCGCUGAUUUCAUCCCCCGCAACCGUGUCCGCCGCGUUACCGCUUCUGACAUCUGGCCCAACUCCCCUUUCGUUAAAACCAAUGGCUUUAACUCUGAUCUGAGCCAACCCGACCAUGAUGACUCACUUUCCCACUUCAAAAGGCCCCAAUGUUUACCGUCCUUGUCCUUGGGUGAUGAUCAGGUGGAGAAGAAAGCGAAGAGGCAGAGAAAAAACCUGUACAGAGGGAUAAGGCAACGGCCCUGGGGCAAAUGGGCAGCAGAGAUUCGUGACCCCAGAAAAGGAGUUCGUGUUUGGCUUGGCACUUUCAACACUGCAGAGGAAGCCGCCCGCGCUUAUGACAGAGAAGCUCGCAAAAUCCGGGGCAAGAAAGCCAAAGUUAAUUUCCCCAACGAAGAUGACGCUUUCUCCACCCAAUAUAAUCUUAACAACCACUUCAACAACCAUCAAAUUAACAAUAACCAUAACUCAACUGCUGCCUUGGAUCCCAGCGCCAAUUCAAAUGUUUCUUUUUAUCAACAGCCUCGGAACAAUAAUCUCAGUAAUUGUGGAUUUAAUUAUGCUUCGAAUGGAAUUGGCCGUUAUGCAACUGACCCGAUUGUUAUAUCUGGUGAGGAAAAUUCAGGGCCUGGUUCAGAAGGGGCCUGCUCUGGUGAUCAGAAUAUCAAUUUUUGUUACAUUCCAGUAAAGGCAGAAGAAGAGAAACGAGAAGAGCCAGUGAAUAAGGUCGUAGUGGAAGUUCAAGAAGAAAAGAACGAAGUGCAGAAACUGUCUGAGGAGCUGAUGGCAUACGAGAAUUACAUGAAAUUCUAUCAGAUUCCUUAUCUGGAUGGGCAAUCAACAACUCAGAAUGCCGUAGCUCCGCAGGAGAGCGUUGUUGGUGAACUUUGGAGCUUUGAUGAUGAUGAUGGCGUUGCUGUUCCUGUGACAUCAACGGCUAUGUAACGGCGUCCGUUUGCCCUUUUUUAUUUUUACUUUUAACUUAGGUUGAUCUUUUGGUGGUGUAAAUCGGGUGGGAAUUGAUGGCUUUGGGUCAUUAGUUCUUACUCUUUCUUUCACCUUAAUGAUUGUAUGGGUAGUUUUUAUUUUGUAAGUUGGGACUAGAUGAACUUCCAUAUAUUUCUCAAAUUUGUUUCUUUGUGUUUAAAAUUAUGAAAUAAGAUUGUACUUGAAUGUUUUUCUUGCUUGUUUUCA